GUGACACUCCAUAUUUGUUUAUUUUUAUUUGAAAUUUAAAUUACGGAUUGCCAUUACAGCAGGUUCAUAACUCUAUUCGGCCCUGGGGCUCUUAUUCAGACCGUCUCGGAUUUUAAACUUAACCAUGAAGGCCCUUACGAAAGCAGAAUCGCGUACUCAACCUAAAAGAUCCACAAGAAAAUCGACAAAAGAUGGCACAAAAGCAGUUGAUUUAACAGAAUUUAAAGCAAAACCUAAAAAAACUCUUCAACCUUCAUCCUCAGCCCCAAGGGAAGAAAUUACUAAACCUGAAUCACCGACGAAAAAACCCGAUCGAUCAAAAAGAAAACAUAUCCCAGUAGAUCCUGAAACUGUCCCAAAUAAGACUGCAAAAGCUAUGCCAGAAAACUGGGAACUUGUACUGGAUAACAUAAGGGAAAUGAGAAAGAAGUUUGAUGCCCCGGUAGAUUCUAUGGGGUGUCAUAAAUGCUCAGACGAAAAUGCCAGCCCUGAGGUAAUGAGGUAUCAGUCUCUGCUCUCAUUAAUGCUCAGCAGCCAAACCAAAGACCAAGUCACUCAUGCAGCAAUGAUGAGGUUAAGAGAGCACGGGUGUACUGUAGACAACAUUUUGGCCACCACAGAUGAACAGCUUGGGAAGCUUAUAAUUCCUGUUGGCUUUUGGAAAAGUAAAGUGAAAUACAUUAAAAGAACCACUGAGAUAUUAAAAGAACAAUACAAUAAUGACAUUCCUAAUACUGUAGAAGAUUUAUGUAAAUUGCCAGGGGUAGGCCCCAAAAUGGCUCAUAUUUGUAUGAAAACUGCUUGGGGGGAGACAACUGGGAUAGGUGUAGACACUCAUGUACACAGAAUUUCUAAUAGAUUAGGUUGGGUUAGUAGUAAAACCCCAGAAGAAACAAGAAAAUCUUUAGAAGAAUGGCUUCCUUAUAAUCUUUGGAGUGAAGUUAAUCAUUUAUUGGUUGGGUUUGGGCAGCAGACAUGUUUACCCACAAAGCCACAAUGUGUAAGCUGUUUGAACAAGGAGGUUUGUCCUUUUGGACAGAACAUUAAUGGAAAAAAGUAGCUGAUUUUUUAGAAUUUUGUUGUUUUAUUUGUUAUCAAAUAAGUAUUUAAUUUUUUAUAAAAUAAAAUGCCUUUUUUUGUCAAACAUAUAUGUUUACAAGAAUAAAGACUAGUUGGAUUUAUUUAUAAAAUCUCUUAAUAAAAAGUAAUGAAAUUUGG